GAUGCACUCUUGGUUUUUCCAAGGCAGCUUCGGCUUUUACGGAUCCACUUAGUAAUAUAAUAGCCUGUAUCACUUCACAGGUUUAGAGGAAAAUAAACUUCGAGCAAUUAUCGACAAAGACAUUAAGAUCGAGGAAAUCGCUUGAAAACUGUCAGUAGAGAACCUGGGUUGGAAUUGGACAAAAAUUGAGGUGCAUAAGUUAUUUUGCCACUGACACCAAAUAAGAGAGGCUUCGGAGCAAUGCGAACGUGCACCAUCAGAAAAGAGGUUUCAAUAAUGGAGACACUUCUCAGCAUCAUGGCGCUGAUAAUACUUUCGCUUCAACAUAAACGAUCGCAUGUAUCUGCCCACUUCCUACAAGGGCGAAAUGUUCACGGGCAUUGGUUGUUAGAUGGUUCAGAUCCAGAUGUGAGUUUUUCCAGUUCGGUGAGCUUUACAAAAGGACGUUGUCCACAUAUCAAGGCGGCAGACUUCUUCGCAAAAACAUCCUACGCGACAGUGCCCACUACACAUAUUACUCCCUGCGAUUUCACAAUUGCGUUCUGGAUGAAAAUUCCCAGCCACCAUUUCAACACCUUCCGUAACACAGUAGUAUUUACAGCCAUCAGCACUGACGGUCAUCCACUUUUCCUAUCAUUAUCAAAACAGAAAGGGGAAGGAAUACAUUUUUUAUGGGGACGAAUGUUUGGCCUCUUAACCAAGCUAGUCGUUUCGAUAGGACAGAUACGCUUUGACCAAUGGACUCAUCUGGCUGCAACUUGCCAAGAGACAAAAGUUAUUAGGCUGUACGUUGACGGAGUGCACCAGACAGCCUCAGUCAAAAGAAACACUUCUCACCAAAUAUUCAACUAUCAUUCAGAUAUGGCAGAACCCAGUAACUUCUCCAAUUCGUAUUAUUACAUUGGAGGUUGGCCAUUCAAAGAUAGAUUUAGCAUCAGAAGUGUAGAGUUCUUUGGAUCGUUAAUGAAUCUUCAUGUUAUUGGAGUAGCACUUACCCCGGAUGAGAUUUACGACUUAUACAAGGAUUACCCGCUAAUCAUAAACGUCACAUUAACUGAUGCAAAGAGAAACACUGUCAACGUCGAAUGGGAGCCGCCAUCAUGUCCAGCAGACAUCAAGAUGUACUUUGUCUGUUACAGAGAAAUCUAUAGCAGAGACUGGACAACAAUUGGUAUUUCUUCAAAUGUAACUUCUUAUCAUCUUCAGUUAGAAUCCUCCAGGGAAUAUGAAAUUGCUGUUACCACGAGAGAAAUCAAUAAAGAUCUCCCUCGUAACCUAUGGAGAGUCAGAACUCUGGGAGUUAAAGAUAAAGGCACCGGUAACAAAACCAAGAACAGAUUAAAAGCUCUUGUAAUCAGCGGGAGUGUCGCAGCUGUGGUCGCAGUAACUUUGUGCAUUAUUUGCUACAAAAUGAAACAACUUCAUGCCGUUUUGGAGAAAAGGUUUGUAAGAUAUACUUUUUACAUUAUUAUAGCCUAAUUGCUCAGUUGAUAUAGCGCCCAAUUAGUAUCUGGGCU